UGAUCAUCCCGGGCGCCACCGGCAGGCGGUGAGGGUUGGGGUGAGAGAGCGAGAGCGAGAGACGGAGGAGAAUAUUAGGUCGGCAAGAAACAGAUAGAAGAGAGGUUGUCCCUUGCUGCCGUUCAAUUGCACUGCUUUGUCGGGAGGCUUCUUUUGAUAAAGCUUGGACUGCCCGCCUCUGUUCAAUUCGCCCACAACCACCAACCACCAUCACCCGCCAUUGACCUCGUCUCGUAUUCCCCACCCCCCACCUUCACCUUCGUCGCCGCCUCUCUCAGCUAAAACCUUCAACGAAACUCCAUCAUCUCUCCUCGACCGGUCGGCCCUAGGUAUAGAAUCCCUGCGGUCAUUCAUCUCGAGUUCGAUUACAACACCGCUGUCAAAAAUGUCAAAGCUACUCGACCCCAACGCCGGUAUCAACAGCCAUCCGCAUCCAGGCUCGAAGUACGGUCCGGCGAUUACCAUUCCGCCCUCACCGGCGCCUACCACACGUUCGUUUGAAGUCGGCGACGACGACGAUUUGAUUAAGCCUCUGCAACCUCAGUCGCCAACUCUGAAGCCUACCCAGAAUCCGACGCCAGCUCAGAAGCCAAAACAGAACAUCGACCUCAUCAUGCGAGACAUCGAACACGACGUAGCGGGAUGCACAUCUCCCAAGAACGGAAAGGGAAGCGCCUCGGGGAAGCCCAAUAAGGGAGUCCAGUAUUACGACGAGGUCUUCGGAGUGCGACAGUCGCCGAAGAUACCGCAGACAGCCGGUAUUUGUGUUGAGUUCAAGACGAAUAUGGUGCUUGAGGACGAGUUUCAAUUCGCCAUGAUUCUUGGGGCUAUGAUCGCGACUCGAUACAACCGCGAGCCGGAGCAUAUCUGUGUGGUGGUGGAUCACAACGCUUGCAUGAUGGUCGGCGGAACCUUUGACGCUGCGUAUCUCAUGACAAUCACCUCAGUCACCAUGAUAUCACCUGCAGUCAACAGACGGAACGCUGCCGUGUUCGCAGAUUGGAUCGAGUCAAAUUCCACUAUUCCGGCAUGCCGUGGGUACAUUCGGUUUGUGGAUCCCCAGUUUUCCAACUUUGCUGUUGGGGGGAAAACGGUCCUGGGUACUAUGGAGACGGAGGAGAUCAAGAGGACCGGGUACGCGGAGAAGGCGAACAUGAUCCGACAAAAGAGCAUCAAGAGGCAGCUGUCGAGAAAGGAACAGAAAGCGGAAAAGCUGGCGACCGCCGAACUGAAAGUGGACAGCGAUGGACGGCCAACUAGCCCGUACAAUCGGAUGCAGAAGAAGAGCAUGAGCAUGCUCAACAUGUUUCUGCGAGGUCAACAGCAGCGUGGCACGACAUAGUCAGACCAUCCGCUCAGGCUGUGAGAUUUAUCUGACAGUGUCUAUUGGUCAACUUUUGGGGACGUAUGAGUUGGUUGUAUCACCAAUUGAGUUUACAAUAACUGCCCACGAGUGAUCUGUCAAUCUAUGGAAUAGGACUAUUACUAUUCCAGAUUCUGUACUGCCCUUCAUUUGUUGCUUUCCAUUUCAUUUUUCCGAUGGUUUUUUGAGAGGUUUUG